GUCCGGAUUUUGUAAGUCUUAGAUUGAGUCAGUCAGUGUGUUAGUCAGGGGGAGCAGAGUCUCAGUGGUGAGGAGUGGAACCGUUGUCUGGUUGUGCACCAAUCACCAUGGUUGACACACGUAGUGGGAAGAGAACUGCCCCCGCUGAGUCCGAGCAGGCCCAGAUUGCUGCCAUCCUGAAGGAGAGGAAAGAGAAGAGAGAGCUGCUCAAGCACGUGAAGUUAAAGGCCAUUGAGGAGGAGCACGCGACAAAGAAGAAGAGAUUGGAGGAGGAGCUACUGAGAUUUCAGAAAGAGAAGAUGAUGAUGCUAGAGAGAGAGGAAGAAGAGAAAAGGAAGGUUGCGGAAGAGGAAGCAGCAACAGGGGAAGAGGAAGACGAAGAAGAAGAAGAGCCCCUUGAAAGAAGACGUGGAGAAGAGAUAGGGGAGACAAGCGACACAAAGGGAGAGGACGCGUGGAUGGAGAAGAAGAUAACAGAGUGGGUGGCUAAUUUAUCGUUAGGGGAGGAUGAGGAGGCACAACUAUAUGUCUCGCAAGAGGAGAAGGAAGUGUUUGCCAGGGAAUUGGAGAUGAUAGAAGAUCCCCUGGAACGCCAGACGAUAGAGGACGAGAAAAAGUUGGAAUGGAAAUUGAAAAUGAUGAGGGAGAAGAAGAGGAGGAGAGAGGAGGCCAAUAGGGUGGCGAGAGAAGUUGAGGAGAUUCAAGCCUGUAGACAGGAGGUGCAAGCACAAGCUGAGGUCCCCGUCAAAUUAGACAGGAUCCUGGGGUACCAAGAAGUCUUGAGCAAGGCUUCGGUAGAGGAACAUCAGGCCGUCAAGGGUCAAGAUGUGACCCUACAUGCCAUCCGAUCGGGGUUUAGGGAGUUUGCGCACGACGUGGUAACCCACGUCGGGACCGAGGUCAAAAAGAUGAAGGAAAGCGCACAACAGUUCUGUGCUGGCGCCAUUGCGGUAGAAGCCGAAGCACGCCCCCGCAAGGACCCAGUAAAGCUCAAAUUUCUUGACGCGUACGGCGGGAAGGAGGAGGAGAAUUUUGAUAAUUGGGAGGCUAGUGUUAAUAGUUACGUGUACUUACAACACAUCUUGUUUGAGGAGCAAGUCCUCGUAGCCUUCCAGUCCCUGAAAGAUGAAGCAGCCAGUUUUGCUAGGUCCCUUGCGCGCGCAGCCGGUUGUGAAAACAACAUGGUUGCAUACUCAAAGACCACCUCACUUCCCCAGUUCCUCAAACUCCUGAGAGAGCGAUUUGCUGAUCCCGCGAGAGGCGUCAGGGCCUCUGAUAAGCUUCAGACCAUUCACUCGCGGCAGUGGAGGAGUGCGAAAGCACUCAAAGCUGUCAUGGACGACUUGGUGGCUGUCCUGGACCAUGGGGUCACAGAGACCCAAUUGGUCCGGUUAUUUUAUCGUGCCAUGCCAGAGCCCCUGAGAGGGCACUCUUUUGGCAAGACCCAGCAGCCCAACAUCAUGUAUGAUUCGUUGAGUAGGGAAGUGGUCUUGUUUGAGGCCAAGUCUAUGCCAGUUUCCACUUUCUGGCAAGGGCAAAAAGUGGAAGGGUGGUACCAUCUCAGGCCAGGUCAGGGCCAAGGAUCAUUUGAUCCUUACUUUAGACGAAGGUGGUACUGACGAGGUCCCAUACGGUCAGAUUGAGUGGGGCCUCGAUGAG